AUGGGUUGCGCCGAUUGGAGCAAAAUAAUUGACAAAGCUCCCUUAUUACGGAUCAAUUCGUUCCAACUGUUGCGCAUUGUGUUAAAGGCGCUGAGAUACCUAACAACGGAUGUAGACUGCAACAAUUCCACAACGAAGACAACAUGUUUGUCAAAUAUUGAGAGCUUUGGCAUCGAGAGCGUCAUAAUUCAUGAAAACUUUGAAACACCAACAUCAUUUUCCAAUGAUAUCGCUCUGAUAAAACUCAAAAGCAAGGUUGACGUCAAAGAACACAACAGUCCCAUCUGUUUGCCAGUGAAUGCAGCAUUAGAAAAAGAAGCGACAUCCCGGGAAACACUCCUCCACACGGGCUGGGGUUAUAACAACUGGGGCUUAAGCAAUGUUAAGCUGCAUGAGAUGAUUGUCAACAAUAAUGUCGCAAAUCAAACAUGUGGACCGCUUAUUCCUGUUAAGAGCGAGAACCACAUUUGUUUCUCGGCAAGCAGUGAGACUCUUUGCAGAGGCACAUCUGGCAAUCCAUUAAGUGGUCUAGUUGAUUAUUCUGGAAUGAAACGCUUCGUCCAAUUUGCGAUUGUUUCUUUUGGCUAUCGAAACUGUAAUCCAAGUGUGGGCAUUAAUGUUGCCCGGUUUAUGCCAUGGAUAACCAAUGUGCUGGCGGAGGAAUCGUAGCUUAAAUGAAAAAAUUUAACGAUUUUCUGUACAGUAAAGCGACUCCAUAAAGAAAUAUAUCCCACAAACUGUUCUGAUGUAUAUUAUUAAAGCACGAAUACAAAUCGAGGUAAAUACAUAUAUAUGCACAUAAAAUACUCAUUGUCCCCAAUUCAGCUUACAAAAUAUAUUUGUGUAUUUGAAAAUAUUAA